CACAAAUCACCAUUACCAAAUAAGAGAGUAAAGUCUGAGAUUUCCCUUGCAAACAUCGAAUAAAUCUUGUCUCCCUCCUAACUCUGCAGCGCAGUGCCGAUCUCUCGUUUUUCUUCGUUGCUUGUAAUUUGUCCAACUCUGAAAAUGGAGUUCACAGAGCAGCAACUGAAGCAAUUCAAUGGCUCUGAUUCGAGCAAGCCUAUUUAUGUGGCUAUAAAGGGGAGGGUUUUUGAUGUCUCCACCGGCAAGAACUUCUACGGUCCAGGUGGGUCCUACUGUAUGUUCGCCGGAAAAGAUGCUAGUCGAGCUUUGGCCAAGAUGAGCAAGAACGAAGAAGACAUCUGUGCUUCUCUGGACGGCCUGUCUGAGAAAGAGAUGGGCGUUCUCAACGACUGGGAGAAGAAAUUUGAAGCUAAGUAUCCUGUUGUUGGCAGCGUUGUCUAGACCUCUUUUCUUUAUCUUUCAGAUACAUAUAGAUGCUUUGGUCGAAUUAAUAUAUAUAGAUAUUCUGAUCGAAUUAAUAUUCUGGGUCUUACUUGGUUUGUGGGUUUAUCCUUGUUUGGUGAAGUGGGUCUAUGCUGGUUAAUAUCUAUAAUGGAGUAGUGAGAUUUUGGAUCAGAAUGGUACUGAAUUUGAAUGAAACUUUGUAGAUUAACAAAUAAAUGAAGGUCGUAUGGCUUUUUAUUAA